GCCUUACUCAAGGUGACACAGUUUCAAAAGCGCAUUUCACAAGGCAUAAUAUUGUUUUUCGCAAAAUUUUCCCUUCUCUUCCGGCACCUGCGCCGCACGAUAAAGUCCGUGCUGAUAGACGACGAGGGGGGGUGAGCGAGGUAAGCAAAAACUCGGUGUGAGCGUCACAUCUAUCAACGUGCGCCGCAGGAAUCCGGUUUCUAAAGCACGCAAACCAAGCGAAAGGAACAAGCAGUGCCGUUGUGGGGACUCUCGACUCUCAACCUAUCCCGAAGGGAUCCAGAGGGGAGACCCUGGGUUGGCUCCAGUUGUUCGUCAGUCACUCAGUCAGUCACUCGGGCCGGCGGUCGGUCUCCUUUGCUACACCAGACAGGAAAGGAAAGAAAAACCGUACGACGGACGGACGACGCGCAGGGUAAACAUGUCGUACCCCACAGGUUCGCAUGACACGGACAGGACCGAAGUGAAGGAAGCAGAACAGCCGUCGUCGCCGUCGCUUUCCGCCAAUGCCAAUGCCAAUGCUAGCGUUGAGACCAGCAGCAGCAGCAGCAGCACAAAGCCACAAGCUUCUAUCCGUGACGCGGCGGCGCUGUCCCCCGAGACGUACGAGGAUGAGCACGUUCACAGUGUGUAUGAGUCGAUCGCGAGCCACUUCAGCUCAACGCGGUACAAACCGUGGCCCUUCAUCGCGUCGUUCCUGCGCGAGCGUGUGACGUCAGGGUCCAUCGGGCUGGAUGUGGGCUGUGGUAACGGCAAGUACCUGGGCGUGCGGGAGGGCGGAGACGUGCACAUCGUAGGGUCGGACCGGAGCCCGUCGCUCGUGGGCAUCGCGCGGGAACGUGGGUUCGACGUCGCUGUGGCGGACGGCCUCGCGCUGCCCUUCCGGGCCGGCUGCGCCGACUUCGUGCUCUGUAUCGCAGUCAUCCACCACAUGUCGACGCGCGAGCGGCGUAUCGACGCCCUCCGCAAGCUGCUCACGUGCGUGAGGGCUGACGGGGGCCAGGUGCUCGUGUACGUGUGGGCGCUAGAGCAGAGCUCGAGCCGCAGGGGCUGGGAUGCGGAUUCAGCGCAGGACCAGCUCGUGCCGUGGGUGAUGAAGGCCAACCAGAACAAGAAGAAGGACAAGGACGACAGGGACAGCGGUGGUAACGCGGGCGUCGACACGACGUAUGAGAGGUUCUAUCACCUCUACCGCGAGGGCGAGCUCGAGGAGGACCUGCGUGAGGCCGGGGGCAGGGUCAUAGAAAGCGGGUAUGAGAGGGAUAAUUGGUGGGUGAUAGGGGGUCACGGGGAGGAGGCAAAGCCAUAGACCGCCCUGCUGCAGGUACCUACCUACCAACCUACCAACCUACCAACAUGGCUACUUGUCCACUUGUCCACUUGCCUACUUGCCUAUCUGCCUACGUCCCUCCCUCUCUCUCUCUCUCCUCUCUCUCCGUCUCUCUCCGUCUCUCUCCGUCUCUCUCACUUGCUUACCAGCGGUUACCUGUGACUAAUUCUGACUGCGGUGGCUGGCCUCUGACCUAUUCUGGCCUAUGGCACACUACGCGGCACACUGACAUGACACUCACAUUG